AACUAUUAUGAAUAUUCUGAGCUGUUGCUCUCUUAUCAAAACCAAUAAAGUCACACCAGCUGGAAAAGGAGUAGAUGAUGGACCGAAGGAGUCAUCUGAGCCACAGGACAUGUCUAUGGACAGGGGGAAUGACGAAGUAUUCCUCGCGCAAGUAGUGCAGGCUCCGCUGUCCCAAGCCAGGUCUACCAAGUCGUCGGACGACGUACUAGCCGACCUGCGACAGGCGGGAGUGAUUCCGAUUAAAUGCCAGCCGACAUCCGUGGCCUUUGAGGUGGCGGACCCGAAGACCGCCUCGGCGUUCGAGACGAACAGCGCGCCCCCGCGCCGCCCAGUCAGGCUGGAGAAGUUGGAUCGCAAAAUGGAGGAGAGGCGGGAGAUGGUGAAGAAGAGAAUCGCCGAAACCCCAAACGAACUGCGGACGCAGUUGAAUGAGGCAGACGAGCGCAGACGGGACAUUCUGGCCAAGAGAUCCCGGAAAUUGGCUAACCAGGCCGCUAGGAAGGCGACAAAGAAGCCGUGUGAAGCAAAGUCAACCGCUUUCUUCAUCAAGCCGACAAUGAGCGAGACGGACGCCGUCAUCGCUACAUGCGAGAGUAAGAAGCGGAGGCGCAUGGAGGCCCGCAUGGAGAAGCGUCGGGCACGUGUGGCAAAGAAGGCCACAGUGGAGGCGCUGGAGGCACGUCAGGCUGAUGCCGCGGAGAGACGCCAGGAGAAGGUGCGAGCCACCGUAGACAAGGCCAAGCGUUUCGGCCGCCCCGCCAGCCCCGUGUGGAUGGAGCCAGCAGGUAAACUCGGCAAGGAGGAGCGCCGGGAGACGCACGAGAAGGGAGAGUAAAUUGCGUCACGAGAGACCACAACCACCGACAUGUUACACCUUUCAUGAGCUCUCAGAGCAACAAUUUGAAGAUAGUCUGAACAUUAUAGACUACCAUACCACGGUUUGAUUCAUACAUGCAGUAUAGAUGGUGUUUUUGAAUGAAGCAAAAGUUACGUUGUCUUUAUCUUGAGGCGUGACAAAUCGAACAGAGAAUGCCAACGCCAUUCCAUAACGUUAAAGCAAAAAGGUACUAAACUGGUUCCGUACCUUAUUUUU